CAAGGACUCAAGGGCGGACACUGGUACCUGAACUUAAAGAAAACAUCCUUCCGACAAGAUGAGUAAAGUUGAAAAUGCCGCUGACACAGAGCCUGACUUUGAUGAAGUAAUUCAUGCAACGGGUUACUUUGGUCGGUACCAUGCUCUACAGGGGACGCUCCAGAUGUUGAUUGGCUUCUCAGUAGCCUUUCCACUGCUCUCCAUCGUCUUCACGGGCUAUGAAGUUCCCCACAAAUGCAAAGAACUCGGCAAUAUUACAAGCGAUCAUCUGCAGCAUGUUGUAAUUAACAAUUCAACGAGCCUUGAAUAUGGAGAAUGUCAAAUAGAGGUUGAAAACAACAUUUCUGGUGUCGUGAAAAAGGAUUAUCUCCCUUGCGUGGCGGGACAUAAUUACAGUCAGCCCACAUAUGUGUCAUUCGUUGCGGAGUGGGACUUGGUGUGCGAACUGGCUGGGCUUGGCGAGCUGUCUCAGACAGUUAUGAUGCUUGGUCAAGGCUUUGGAGGACUCAUCUUCAGCAUACUGGCAGACAAGUAUGGCAGGAAGCCCGUCUACAUCGCCACUCUGUUCGGACUCUCUGCACUCUGCUUUGGAAUGGCGUUCUCCAAUGGCAUCCUCGUGUACAUCAUCAUACGAUUCCUCAUUGGGGGUUUUCAACAGGGGUCAGGCCUAACAGCGUAUACCAUAUUUGUGGAGAUGUUGACCACUGAACACCGCCCUCUAGCGGGGACAGUUGGGGGUGUAGUGUGGUCUCUCUCCGUCAUGACGUUGGCCCCAAUUGCAUACUUGAUGAAGGAUUUCAGCUGGCGAUAUCUGCAGAUCGCCCUCAGCGUUGUCACUCUCUAUGUCUUCGCCCUCUACUGCACACUAGACGAAUCACUGAGGUGGUUACUUGCUAACAACAGAAGAGACGAGUGUAGGAGGAUUAUACGGAAAUCUACGUCCAUGAACGCAUCGAACGUAAAAAAGGCCCUCGAUGUGUUUGAGAGAACUUCCGGAACUGUCUGCAAGGCAGUGGUAGUCGAACCAUCAAACACUGUCGAUAAAGUGACGGAUGGGGACAGUUCCUUGUUGGUGAAUGAUGUAAAGGUUGAUGGCGAGACUGAGGGUCUGGUCGACAGCAGUCAAAAAUACACAAUUCUGGACCUGUUCCGUCACAAAGCCAUCCUGUAUACGUCGGCUAUCACCUGGUACAUCUGGACAGUAAACAGUCUGACGUACUACGGGUUGUUCCUGACGGCCACGUCACUGGCAGGAGACCGGUUCCUCAACUUCUUCCUGUCAUGCGUGGUGGAGAUUCCUGGCACAGUCUCCGUCUACUUCAUGCUCAAACGAUUUGGGCGACGUCAGGUUGCGAUGAUCUAUCAUUUCAUGGCGGGUGCCUCUCUCAUCCUUUCUGUGAUCAUCCUAACCACUGCAGGUGACACCCGGGCUGGGAGCUCAGUGGCCACGGCACUCAACAUGUUCGGGAAGUUCUCCAUCACUGGCUCCUUCAACGCUCUCUUCAUCUACAGCCCCGAGCUGUUUCCAACGAACCUCAGGACGGCCGGUCUGGGAAUGGGGUCGGCGAUGUCGCGAAUUGGUGGGAUGACGGCGCCGUACUCAGAUCGACUGGCUGACAAGGUGAUAUGGGGGCCAGGGGCUCUUUUCGGGACACUCUGCCUCAUCGCUACCUUCCUCAUACGAUACCUCCCAGAGACGAAGGGGAGAGAACUCCCCACGACAAUAGAGGAAAUCAAUGAGAUGUACACGAGGAAACGGAAACCAAAGAUGGAAGACGGCACGCAGGAUGACGGUUGACCUUCACAUUCAAUCAUUCACUGAAAAACGAUUCUGGUGUAUAUUUACGUCUCUAUGUCAUAAUACCAGAAAUAUAAUAAAAGGCUUUGUUCGUUUUUGUAAGGAA